AUGCCUAAUCAAACUCGUCAUAGUCUUGCUGCUAGACCUAAAUUAACAACCACCUUGUGGGAAGAUGAAGGAACUAUCUGCUACCAAGUGGAUGCCAACGGUAUCUGUGUUGCCAGACGUCAAGACAAUGAUAUGAUUAAUGGUACCAAACUAUUAAAUGUAGCCGGCAUGUCUCGUGGUAAACGUGAUGGAAUUUUAAAGAACGAAAAAGGUCGUGUGGUAGUCAAGGUGGGAGCAAUGCAUUUAAAGGGUGUUUGGAUUACAUUUGCUCGAGCGAAAUUAUUAGCAGCGCAAUACAAGAUUCAAGAAAUUCUGUAUCCCUUAUUUGUGGAUGACCCAAGUGUAUUUCUUUAUGCAACAGCCUUGCACAACCCCAUGGCUUCUAGUAGAAUGAAUAAUCUCAAUGGGUUUAGAUCUCAGGCUCAUUUUAAUAAUAGUUCCUAUACUGGUACCACUACAAAUACAUGGGAUCGUUCUUCUUCAAAUACUUCUUCAGCGCCAUCAAAUGAUAAUACUAUUUCGGGUAAGUUGUUAUAA